CCUCAUGUCCCCUCAUGUCAGUGCUAACGAGCGAGAAGUGGCAGUUCCGGUUCUUCGACGUCUCGCAAGUCAAGCUCCCCGAUGACGAGGGCGCUUUCCUGUCCGAGAUUGGAGACAUCACAUGCAUAGUAUCUGGGUCCGAGAGCAUCUUCUUCGGUGGUGCAGAUGGCGUCGUUCGCAUCGUGUCCGAGGCCUUCAAGGUCGUGCGCACCUUCAAGGCCCAUGACACCGGCUCAAUCACCCACAUGAAGCAGAUCGAGGGCACAUCUCUCCUAGUAACCAUAGCCGAAGAUCUUUCUGAUGAGCCAGUUUUGAAAGUUUGGGCUCUGGACAAGCUCGAGAAGAAGACGGGCAUUCCACGAUGCCAAAGCACCCUCACCAUACACAAUGGGCGCAAGCAGUUUCCCAUAUCCGCAUUCGCAGCGCUCGAUGAUCUAUCUCAAUUGGCAGUUGGAUUUGCAAAUGGCGCUGUCACUGUCGUGCGCGGCGACCUCAUCCACGACCGCGGCGCGCGACAACGGACCGUGUUCGAAUCUGAAGAGCCCAUUACUGGAAUAGAGUUUAGAGAAGGCAAUAUCACAACCUUGUACAUUGCGACGACUGGUCGUAUCAUGACGCUCAUAAUAUCCGGAAGGGGUCAGGGACAGCCUGCAAAAUCUCUCGACGAGUAUGGUUGUGGUGUGGGUUGUAUGGCGGUGGACAAAUCGUCUCGAGAUGUGGUAGUCGCACGCAAUGAUGCUAUUUACUACUAUGGCCAGCACGGACGUGGACCGCCGUACACAUACGAAGGCGAGAAAAAGAUGAUUUCUGUGUUCAAGGACUAUAUCGCUAUCAUUGCACCUCCAAAGACGAAUGCGAUGCCCCGAUCCAACCCUCUCCGAGCCUUUGGCGUUGGCGCUACCGAUGAUGUCUUCAACACGUCGAGCUUCACGCUUCUCAAUACAGAGUUGAGGUUCAUCGCCCACCAGGAACAGCUGACCUCCCAAGUAAAGGCCGUUGUCGCGGAGUGGGGAGACCUUUUUGUAUUCACAAUCGAUGGAAAGAAACUUGACAUACUCUAUCAACGCAACUUGUAUGUUCUGGCCAUCAACCUUGCUCAGAAAGCAGGACUGGACUCUUCCCAGCAGAACAUCAUCCUUCGCAAGUUUGGCGAUUACUUGUAUUCGAAGCAAGAUUAUGACACUGCUAUGCAGCAGUACCUCAAGGCCAUUGAUAAUACUGAGCCAUCUCAGGUCAUCCGAAAGUUUCUUGACACGCAGAGAAUACACAACCUGAUAGAGUAUUUGGAAGAGCUCCACGACCAUCACAAGGCUACAUCCGACCAUACUACUCUACUCUUGAAUUGCUAUGCCAAGCUUAAGGAUGUAGAGAAGCUUGAAAACUUCAUCAAGUCACCCGACGAUCUCAAGUUUGAUCUCGAUACGGCCAUCUCGAUGUGUCGACAGGGAGGUUAUUACGAUCAGGCAGCUUUCCUCGCCCGGAAGCAUGGGGAGCACGAACUCGUUGUCGAUGUUCUGAUCGAAGAUUCGAAGCGUUAUGCGGAGGCUCUAGCUUACAUAUGGCGACUGGAACCCGAAGUGACGUACUUUAAUCUCAUGAAGUAUGCUACAGUACUCUUGCAGCACUUACCCAAGGAUACCACACAGCUGUUCAUUGAUUACUACACUGGAAAAUUCCGGCCUAAGCAGGAUGCCAUCGUCAUACCUAAUGCGCCUUCGUCUGGGGGAGGCAUGAGUAUGGGUCUAGGCGUUGCAUCCAGCGCUGUGCAGAACCUUGCUGCACUACUCCCACUGCCUUAUAUGAAUACCAAUGCGCUGGCAUCACCGCCUAAUGGCGAACAAAAGGGCACAAUGAGCCAAGCUCAAAUAGUCGAAACGACGACCGACGAGCCCGCGCCUGAAUACAAAGUCCCGAAACCACGGACUGCAUUCUCAGCGUUUGUCGACCACCCUCAGGAAUUCAUAGUGUUCCUCGAAGCAUGCAUUGCCUCGGAAGAUCUUCGUGAAGACGACAAGGUCGAUCUUUAUACGACCUUGUUUGAGAUGUAUCUACAUACGGCAUCGUCGAAGAAAGACGGCGAGCGACAGGAAUGGGAGAGCAAGGCCAAGAAGCUCGUCGAAGGCAAGAAUAUACCCAUAGACACAUCAAAUGUGUUACUGCUUUCCCACCUCUCCAGCUUCCGCGACGGUGCGAUCCUCGUUCGCGAGCAGCAAGGCCUCUACUUUGACAUUUUCCGCUCCUACACCGCCGCCAACGACACCCAAGGCGCCAUUCGCGCCCUACGAAAGUACGGCCCAGAAGAACCAGCACUCUACCCAGCCGCACUGGCCUAUUUCACCUCCUCACCCGCCAUCCUCGCCGAAGCAGGCGACGAACUCGACUCAGUCCUGAAAAAGAUUGACGAAGACGGCCUCAUGGCGCCCCUCCAAGUCAUCCAGACUCUCUCCACCAACGGCGUCGCAACAAUGGGCAUGAUAAAAACCUACCUUAGCACAACCAUCGAGCGCGAGCGCGCAGAAAUCGCCGCAAACAGACGCAACAUCGAGACCUUCCGUUCUGACACGUCCGCCAAGAAAGCAGAACUAGAAGCCCUCAACACCAAACCUGCUGUCUUCCAGAACUCGCGCUGCCAAGUCUGCAUGAAGAGCUUGGAGUUGCCUGUUGUCCACUUCUUGUGCAAACAUAGCUACCACCAGAGUUGUCUGAGUACAGAUGAGGAUGUGCAUGACGCAGAGGUUGAAUGUCCGAUUUGCAGCUCGAAUAAUGCUACUAUCAAGGCAAUUCGGCGUGCGCAGGUCGAGAGUGCGGAACGGCAUGAUUUGUUUCAGGACGCGCUCAAGAGGGGCAGGGAUGGGUUUGCGGUUAUCAGUGAGUGGUUUGGUAGAGGUGUCAUGGGGGUGGGGAGUUCAGAGUAAAGAAUGCUUUGGGGUAUCCAUUGUGUACAUGGUAAUGAUGAGCGAGGCUCGAGAUAUGCAGGUUUAUACAAAUGAAAAGAGUCGAUUGUCAACA